GAAGAAGAAACAUAAAGAAAAACAAUAGUAAAGAAGUGGCAAAUGGUAAGAGGCGGAUACGUCUAAGCAUAUUAUCAUCUGACCCAAUUGAAGAUUAACAUCCAAAGAAGACUACAGAAGACCAAAUAGUUAGUUUUUGCCUUUUUAUUUUGUUGGGGGACCUAACCCGACAUUCCCUCUUUCUUUAUUAUUGUUUCUUCGAUUGACCCCUAUCAGAGGCUCUCUACAAUACAACUUCUCCGGCUUUGAUUUAUUCUUUUUUUUUUUUCCUAUAUCCAUCUGUUUAGAGAUCCUUUGUGAAGUUCAAAGAGAAGCUAAUUUUUGGGAUGUGUAUAUACUGAUCAGCAGGAUGUAAGCAGCGAGCACAGUGAGUUUAUAGGAGGGAUUACAAUACCGGAAAAGGACUGGUGGAAACUUGUGAUCCUGCAGAAGUUCUCAAGCACAAAAUGAUUUCAUUGUCUAAGUUCCUAAAAACACCAAAGAAUGGUUCAUCAAAGUGAUCUAGUUAUUAUCGGAGUCUCUGUUGGUCUGGCCCUUGGUAUCUUGAUAGCUUCACUAGUAUUUUUUGGCAUAAGGUGGUACAAGAAUCGUGCUAAUCUGAGACGAUGUGCAAAUGAGCGUAGUCUUACAACUCUCCCCAUACGCACAAAUGGCUUGGGGACAAGCACUGACUUUAGUGCAUCACUUGCACAUUCCAUAAAUAUUCAAGGAUCAGAAAAACCCGAAAAAAGUUCUCCGUUUUUCUGGUGGAAUCAUCACAGUAAAGAUCAGUUUGCAUCUGCAUCAGGGAUACUUAGAUAUUCUUAUAAGGAUAUCCAGAAAGCUACCCAAAAUUUUACAACUAUUUUGGGACAAGGUUCUUUUGGUCCUGUGUAUAAAGCUGGGCUACCUGGUGGAGUAGUAGCUGUAAAAGUGCUUGCUACUAAUUCGAAACAGGGGGAAAAAGAGUUUCAGACGGAGGUGUCUCUGCUGGGAAGGCUGCAUCAUCGGAAUCUUGUAAAUUUAUUAGGAUAUUGUGUUGAUAAAGGACAGCGAAUGUUGAUCUAUGAGUUCAUGAGUAAUGGGAGCCUGGCCAAUCUUCUAUAUAAUGAAGAAGAAAUAGUUUUGGGUUGGGAAGAAAGACUCCAAAUUGCUCUAGAUAUUUCACAUGGAAUUGAAUACCUCCAUGAAGGGGCAGCCCCUCCUGUCAUACAUCGAGAUCUAAAGUCUGCUAAUAUAUUGUUGGACCAAUCAAUGAGAGCAAAGGUUGCUGAUUUUGGACUUUCGAAGGAAGAAUCGUAUGAUGGCCGCAACUCUGGUCUGAAAGGUACAUAUGGAUACAUAGACCCUGUGUACAUAUCCACAAACGAGUUCACCAUGAAGAGUGACAUCUACAGUUUUGGAAUUAUCAUCUUCGAACUCAUUACAGCCAUCCACCCACAGCAAAACCUAAUGGAAUAUAUUAAUCUUGCUGCGAUGAGUUCAGACGGAGUUGAUGAAAUACUAGAUCAGAAACUGGUUGGAGAAUGCAACAUGGAAGAAGUGAGGGAACUAGCUGCCAUUGCUCACAAAUGCUUGCAAAAAUCCCAAAGGAAGCGGCCCUCAAUAGGAGAAGUUUCGCAGGCUAUAUUAAAGAUCAAACAAAGGCAUCUUGCUAAAGAGGACACCAUGUCUUUUGCCAGCCAAGCUUUUUCACGAGCUGUAAGCAGGAUAGAGGAACAGCAGGUGGAGUUGAGCAGCAUGGCAAGCAUAAAAGAAUACAACUGACAGACAAGAAAUCCCUUUGCUUGCAACAAAAUUUUUCCGUUGUUUUUCUUCCUUUUUUUUUUCUCUCCUUAAUCUUCUAAAAACUAAUACCAAAGAUAGAAUGUGAUGCACAAAAUAGGCAAUCAAAAAGUAGUUUAAAGGUCUUCGACUCC